GUCGUAGUAAAGUUUAAACUUAGGGAAUUUUUGAGAAUUUAUAAUCCUCUGUAACUUGUGAGCUUUCCGCAAGGGGAAACAAAUACCAUCAGCUGAUUUUCUUUGUUAUCAGCUGUAGAUGCAAUUAUUGUUUGUUUUGCUGUUACUCGUGAACUGUAUUAAAUUUUAGGAAAUUAUUGGGAUACUGCAAAUUUUCAUUGUCACAGAGAAAGCUGUGUUAAUAAAAUAGCCCACUUAAUUGUGGAGAAUGGCCACUACUACAGAAUUUGGUCCUGACUCCGGUGGGCGAGUAAAGGGCGUCACUAUAGUUAAACCAAUAAUUUAUGGAAAUAUGGCACGUUAUUUUGGAAAAAAACGUGAGGAGGAUGGUCAUACACAUCAAUGGACAGUUUAUGUUAAACCGUAUCAUAAUGAAGAUAUGUCGACUUAUGUCAAAAAAGUUCAUUUUAAACUUCAUGAAAGCUAUAAUAAUCCAAACAGAAUUGUCACUAAACCACCGUAUGAGUUGACUGAGACGGGCUGGGGAGAAUUUGAAAUUGUUAUCAAAAUUUAUUUUCAUGAUCCCAACGAGAGACCCGUAACCAUUUAUCACAUUCUGAAAUUAUUUCAAUCAACACCAGAAAUUCAGCUAGGAAAGAAAAGUCUAGUAUCUGAAUUCUAUGAGGAAAUUGUUUUCCAAGAUCCAACUGCUUUUAUGCAGCAUUUAUUGAGCUCCACAAGACCGAUUACUCUGGGUGCUUGGAGACACGAUACUGACUUUGAGGCAAAGAAGGAAUCUUCUCUAAAAUCUAUAGUGGAGGCUAGAAAUAGGAUACGAACAGAAGUAAUAGACCUCAAAGAGAAAUUAACACUUGCUAAAGAAACUAUUGCAAAGUUUAAGGAAGAGAUUGCUAAGAUUUCAAAAGUUGGUGGUAGUAUGUCCGUUACAUAAGGAAACUGACUUUUACUUCUGGUUAUGGAAAUUAAUGAAAAGAUGUAUAUGUAUAUCUGUAAAUAAGUUUUUUUUUUACCAUGUAAUAACAGUAAGAGUGCAAGAAAAAAUGGAGCAUUGAUAUUGGCAUGUAUAACAAAUGUAAAACUCAUUUGUAGUAAUACUUCCACUAUUUUUAAUAAAUACUCCUACGAUUGAUCGAUAA